AUGUCCGCCAAGGAGAACCUUGAGGCGAUACCCGGGGCCGCUGCUCCGCCUACCAAAAAGAACAAGGUCGAGCCAACGGCACAACGCUUGAUUCUCAAAACUGACAAGGGCUUCGCAAAGGAGGCGACGAGCCCCCCCGAUACCGACUGGGUGAACGAGAAGCGGUGGCUGGGGGCCUUGAGACUCGCGAAGCAUGUCGUAUAUCUGGUGGUGCCAGCCGGCGACCCCUUUGCCGCCAUCUUUGAAGCUGCUCCGUCGUGGCGCAGGGACAGAGAGGACUGGCUGUUUUUGGAGUUUGGCGAGAAUGGGACGCUUCUCGAUUUCUGCAUUCGGUGCAGUGGGCAGAAGAUGAAGACGCUGCCUAACAGGAUGUUGUGGAGGUUAUUGAUGUGUUUGGUACGCAUGUGCAUUGCCAUGGCUUGGCCACCGCCGAUACCAGCUGGAACUACAAAUCCGCAGCAUAUAUUAGAAGUUGCGGGGGCACCACCACCAGGCCUACUUGUGCACAAUGAUGUUCAUUCUGGCAAUGUUAUGUUCGGAUCACUAGUGCCAGGAGAGGUCGAGCAUGACUUGACCCCCGUGGUGAAGCUUAUCGACUUCGGCAAUUCGCAGGAGCAUAUAGAUUCCAUUGAAGAAUUACCUGGAGUGAAGCAGAACCUGUUCGACGUUAUUGGAAGGACAAUGCUCGACUUCAUCACCUUGGACAUCAGCGUCUCACUCGCGAUCGAACCCGGCGUAGUCAGCAGGUACUCCCCACCACCAGUCAAGUUCCAAGUCCCCGGUGGCCCGGAACUCACGACCUACGGAAACAACCUGACUCCGGAUGAUGCGUCCAAGCCAGACCCGUACCCAUCGCUCGACGCAGAUCUGCGGAGUAUCGUCUUGCGAUGUCUGGCCGAAGACGGGAAUGAUCGGCCUACGGAUCUGGCGGCCCUGGCUACCGAGACGAUAAACGCGGUCACACAGAGGGACGUGGCGUUCUACGGCAACGCUGUGGAGAGGGAGAUGAUAAUAUCAGGGACAUACUCCAGCGUCAUAUGUUCGACGCGAGGGUUACAUAGCCUGAUCCAUGGACCCCAGAGGCGUCUGCAGUAG